AUGAGCAGCUUCGCGUUUUGGUUGGACGAUGACGAUAUUUACGAAGAGGAUGCAUCAGUCGUACGUCUGGAACGCCGGAUGAUCAGAGAUCCUGUUCAUAUCGAACAUUUUAAUUUUUUUUUCUGUUGGUUUGUAAGGUAUUUUCGAGUGUCGAAGGACUUGUUUUGCCACCUUCUGAACAUCAUUGAAGUUCAACUUGGAGCGACUAUAGGAUCAACAACUGUUCUUCCGGUUAUCAAGCUCGCUGCCACCAUAAGGUUCCUGGCUGAAGGAAGCUACCAAAAGGGUGUCAGAAACGAUCUUUUUGUGGGUAUUGCACAACCAACAAUUUCUAAGGCACUGACACAAGUGAUUGGUAUAAUGGAGACUUACGUAUGCCCAGAUGCAAUUAAGUUUCCUACAGAGGAAGCAGAGAAAAAUGCAAUAAAAUUGGGAUUUUAUCAGAAGUCCGGAUUUCCUGGUGUCAUUGGGUGCGUGGAUGGGACGCAUAUUAAGAUUUUCCCUCCACCAUCUGAUAUUCAGCACUUAUAUUAUAACCGAAAGGGGUAUCACAGCCUCAAUGCAUUGAUUGUUUGUGAUCAUCAGCUAAUGAUACGCUACGUUGAUGCGAACUAUCCGGGAUCUAGCCAUGAUUCAUUUAUUUGGAAUGCUAGUCCGUUAAAUGAGCACUUAAAAACUAAUUAUCAACGUAUGGAACGGAACACUUGGCUUCUAGGUAGAAUAACCGUGGAGAGGUCAAUUGGAGUGCUCAAAAAUGUUUUUCGGUGCGUAUUAGGUGCACGACAAUUGCCCAGUCCGAAACUGGUCUACGUUUUUCGGAUCUGUGACCGUGCUUCUUUUCCCGUGACGACCUCCGAGGUUCGACUGCCGACCAUCCAGCUUCCGAACUAG